AAUAAAUAUGUAAUUUUUUUUCUUGGUCUUUCUUCCUUCAAUCUGUACAAGUUCGUUGAUUAGUUUUGCUUUGUUAGAACACUCUAUUCCCGCCUUUUUUCUUUUCCUGCAUACAUUGUUGAUCUCCAUGGCCCAAACCACACCAGUAAGUUUCUUUAUCUCUCCUCAUAACAAAAACCAUAGAGAAAGCUCCACAAAAUUUCAAAGUUCGUUGCUUUUUACUAAACCAUAUCCAAAGUCCAAUUUUCUAUCGUCAAGUCUCCACAGCUCUUAUGCCACUUUGUCAAUAUUUUCCUCUCCUGCUAAAGAAGAAGACUUCAAAAUCGCUGAUUUCAACAGAAAAAUAUGCGAAUUAUGUGAAGUGGGUAGUCUUAAAAAUGCCAUAGAAUUGCUUGACAUGUAUCCAAAGAGUAACAUUGAUUCAAAUACUUACUGUUCAAUAUUGCAGCUCUGUGCUGAGCUUAACUCUCUGCAAGAAGGAAAAAAGGUUCAUUCCUUCAUUUCCUCUAGUGGGAUUUUUGUUGAUGGGCUUUUGGGAACAAAACUUGUAUUUAUGUAUGUAAAUUGUGGGGAUAUAAGAGAAGGGAGGCUAAUUUUUGAUAAGAUUGCAAAUGAGAAAGUCUUUCUUUGGAAUUUAAUGUUAAGUGGAUAUGCAAAGAUUGGUGCUUUUGAGGAAAGUGUGUAUCUAUUUAGGAAGAUGUUGGAUUUGGGAAUUCAAGUGAAUUCUCAUACAGUUUCUUGCAUUUUGAAGUGUUUUGCAGCUUUAGGAAGUGUUAAGGAAGGUGAAUGGGUUCAUGGUUAUUUGCUGAAAUUGGGAUUUGGCUCUUAUAAUACUGUUGUUAAUUCUCUAAUAUCUUUUUACUUCAAGACUAGAAAAAUUGAAGCGGCAUAUGAGGUAUUUGAUGAAUUGAAAAACCGAGAUAUUGUUUCAUGGAAUUCAAUGAUAAGUGGUACUGUCGCAAAUGAUCUUCCCGAGAAAGGAAUUCAAGUUUUUAAAGAGAUGCUGUAUUUGGGAGUUAGCUUUGAUUUGGUUACACUGGUUAAUGUCCUUGCAGCUUGUGCAAACUCUGGUAAUUUUCCAUUGGGUAGAGUGCUUCAUGCUUUUGCAAUAAAAGCACAACUAGAUCAGAGAAUGACUUUUGUUAAUACAUUACUGGAUAUGUAUUCUAAAUGUGGUGAUUUAAAUAAUGCAAUUCGAGUUUUCCAGAAAAUGGGUGAAAGGAGUGUGGUAUCUUGGACUUCUUUGAUUGCUGGUUACGCUCGAGAAGGUUUGUCUGGAGAAGGUAUCAGAUUGUUCCAUGAAAUGGAAAGAGAAGGUGUUAGACCAGAUAAUUUUACUGUCACGGCGGUUCUUCAUGCUUGUGCUUGCAGUGGGUCAUUGGAAAUUGGCAAAGAUGUGCAUGAUUAUGUCAAAGAAAAUAAUAUGCAGAAGGAUCGCAUUGUGUGUAAUUCUCUCAUGGAUAUGUAUGCAAAAUGUGGAAGCAUGGAAGAUGCUAAUUUAGUGUUUCUGGAGAUGCCUAAUAAGGACAUUGUCUCAUGGAAUACCAUGAUUGGAGGGUAUUCAAAAAAUGGUCGUCCUAAUGAAACUCUUCAUCUUUUUGUUGCAAUGGUACAAGAAUUAAAACCUGAUGGCAGAACAAUGGCUUGUAUUCUUCCAGCUUGUGCUAGCCUAGCUGCUCUAGAUAGAGGCAGAGAGAUCCAUGGCUACAUUCAGAGAAAUGGUUGUUUUGAUGAUCUACAUGUUGCCAAUGCUCUUAUUGACAUGUAUGCCAAGUGUGGUGCACUAGCUCUUGCACGGUUAUUCUUUGAUAUGAUUCCUGUGAAGGACUUGAUCUCAUGGACGGUGAUGAUCGCUGGGUAUGGAAUGCAUGGCUUUGGUAAAGAAGCUAUUUCGGCCUUCUAUGAGAUGAGGCAAGAAGGGAUUGAACCUGAUGAAAUCUCUUUUAUUUCUAUACUAUAUGCAUGUAGUCAUUCUGGUUUAUUGAAUGAAGGAUGGAAAUUCUUUAAUAUCAUGCAACAUGAAUAUCAUAUUGAGCCAAAAUUGGAGCACUAUGCAUGUGUAGUGGACCUUCUUGCUCGCACUGGGAGACUGUCAAUGGCAUAUAAAUUCAUAAAAUCAAUGCCAAUUGAACCCGAUGCCACAAUCUGGGGCGCAUUGCUCUGUGGGUGCAGGAUUCACCAUGAUGUCAAAUUGGCUGAGAAAGUGGCAGAGCAUGUAUUUGAACUCGAACCAGAGAACACCGGAUAUUAUGUACUUCUAUCCAAUAUCUAUACCGAGGCUGAAAAGUGGGAAGAAGUGAAGAAAAUAAGAGAGAGGAUUGGUCGGCAGGGUUUAAAGAAAAAUCCUGGCUGCAGUUGGAUAGAGGUGAAGGGAAAAGUUCAUAUAUUUGUUGCUGGAGAUAGUUCACACCCAGAUGCGCAAAACAUUGAGUCUGUGUUAAUUAGGUUAAGGUCAAAGAUGAAGGAAGAAGGUUACUUUCCUCAAAUGAGACAUGCGAUGAUUAAUGCAGGUGACCUGGAAAAGGAAAUGGCUCUCUGCGGGCAUAGUGAGAAGUUGGCCAUGGCUUUCGGAAUAUUGAGCUUGCCACCUGGAAAAACAAUACGAGUAACGAAAAAUCUAAGAGUCUGCAGUGACUGUCAUGAAAUGGCCAAGUUCAUGUCCAAGACAGUGGGAAGGGAAAUUGUAAUGAGGGAUUCUAAUCGCUUUCAUCACUUUAAGGAUGGUACCUGUUCUUGCAGAGGUUUCUGGUAAAUCAAAUGGGGCGAGGAGUUCGGACGUGGCAUUAUGCCCUUCGAGGUUGAUGCUGAUUUAUUGACCAAUGACCAGGAAAGUUGUUGUAAAUAAUGGUUAGACAGGCGAUUCUCUGGUGAGGAUUUGAAGUUGGUGUCCCUGUUGUACUACUAGGUCAAAUUGGAAGAUAUAUUAAUUCUCAGUUCCAAUUUUGUGCUUACUGAGAAGCUGAAAGGCUUCUUUUCUUUCAUAUCUCAUUAGCAAUAUAGGGAUAUUGAUGAAAGAGGAAUCUGCAAGAUAGGAAGAGCUUUGUUUCCAUGGGAAAGAUCGAAUGGUAAAAAUGGAGUUCUCUACCUUGCAAAUUUUCCAAAUAGCCAUUGGAAUGAGUUCAGAAUGAUGAUUGAUGCAGAUGUGAUUAUAAGAUGGGAGGAUCUCUAUUUAAGUCUCAAAGUCAACAAGUAAUCCACAAGACUAAUUUAAACAAGGGAAAGAACCAUGUUAAUCAGAGACCACUUGGAAAGCUCGGAAGCUUUAAUUCUCAGGCUGGGCUAUUCUCUGAUCUGUGGGGAGUAUGAUUGCCAUGGUAGGGAAUAAUUCCAACAAGUCACUCAAAGAAAGGGAGACGGCAAUGAUUAUCUUCAGUCUGUUUAACCAUAUAUUUUAGGCUUCUUAUUUCUUUUUGCAUUAUUAUGGUUCCAAUGGCAAAAUACAGUGCGCAAUUUUUCUAGUUUUUUGCCUGAUCCAUAUAACUUAAAAUAUUCUUUUACCUACUAGAUCUGCAUUGCA